UACCAAGCACAAAGAAAUGGCGAAACAAAAAGAAAACAGGAUGGAUUUUUGCGCGCAGGUUGCUGGUCGUAUUCUUCUUAAAGAGGUUCAAGAAAGUGUCAAUUCUUCUAAUAACAUAUUGUUGUCUCCGCUAUCUUUUCACGCCGUACUGAGCAUGACAGCUGCCGGAGCAACGGGAGAUACAUUAAAUCAGAUGCUUCAAUUUCUUGGUGUUAGCGAUAUUGAUGAUUUAAAUUCCAAUUUCUUAGAUAUGGCUUCUGUCUUUGAGAGCAGAGGGAAUAAUGGUGGCCCAGAUUUGAGCUUCCUUAGCGGAAUAUGGGUGGCUGAUACACAUGAAUUGAGAGACUCUUUCAAAGAAUUAGUCAACUCUGUCUAUAGAACUGAGGCAAAAAUUGUUGAUUUUACAUGCAAGUUUGUUCUCUUCUACAGGUAACACACAAAUGCAGAAGUUAAGCAAGAGUUGAGAGCAAAAUAGUAAGGUAUUUUACAAGCAAUUCCUGUGGGAUUCAAGUGUGCGAACCUGAAGCUACAUGAACUAGAUAGAAGAACCAGUUCCAUAUGUCUGCCUUUUAUU